AUGGCUCAAAUGCAGGAUGAGCAGGGAGGGGGCGCGCCCUUGAUGGCGGAAGGCAGGUCGGAGGCGGAGGUUAAGCUCAUUCUGUACCAUUGGACACAUUCCUUCAGCUCCCAAAAGGUGCGCUUGGUAAUUGCUGAAAAGGCAUUGAAGUGCGAGGAACAUGACGUAAGUCUGCCCCUGAGUGAGCACAAUGAGCCUUGGUUUAUGCGUUUGAACUCAACUGGAGAAGUGCCUGUCCUUAUCCACGGGGAAAGCAUUAUUUGUGAGGCCACUCAGAUCAUUGAUUAUCUUGAACAGACUUUCCUGGAUGAAAAAACACCCAAGUUAAUGCCUGAUAAAGAAAGCAUGUAUUACCCACGGGUACAACACUAUCGGGAACUGCUCGACUCCUUGCCAAUGGAUGCCUAUACACAUGGCUGCAUUUUGCAUCCGGAGCUAACCGUGGACUCCAUGAUCCCAGCUUAUGCAACAACAAGGAUUCGCAGCCAAAUUGGUAACACAGAGUCCGAACUGAAGAAACUUGCUGAAGAAAACCCAGAUUUGCAGGAGGCCUACAUCGCAAAACAGAAGCGCCUGAAAUCGAAGCUGCUUGACCAUGACAAUGUCAAAUAUUUGAAGAAAAUCCUGGAUGAGUUGGAGAAAGUCUUGGAUCAGGUGGAAACCGAGCUGCAAAGAAGAAACGAAGAAACCCCAGAAGAAGGUCGCCAGCCCUGGCUCUGCGGAGAGUCCUUCACCCUGGCCGACGUCUCGCUCGCUGUCACUCUGCAUCGCCUGAAGUUCCUGGGGUUUGCGAGGAGAAACUGGGGAAAUGGAAAGCGACCCAACUUGGAAACCUAUUACGAGCGUGUCUUGAAGAGGAAAACAUUUAACAAGGUUUUAGGGCAUGUCAACAAUAUCUUAAUCUCCGCGGUGCUGCCCACAGCACUCCGGGUGGCCAGGAAGAGGGCCCCCAAAGUUCUUGGCACCACCCUUGUGGUUGGUUUGCUCGCAGGGGUGGGUUAUUUUGCUUUCAUGCUGUUCAGAAAGCGAUUUGGAAACCUGGUAUUAAUAAUUAGACCCAGACCAAGUUAUUUCUAGGCUUGCGGGGAUCCGGUGGUGGCAACUCACCCUACCAUUUAGCUCAGCCUUGU